UGGGGGGCGCGGGCAGGGCGCAGCCGCACGCCCGGCUCGGCUUCCAGGGCCGCCCCCUCCGGCGGAUCGGCGAGACCCUCUCCGGCCCGGAUUCGGCGCCGCAGCCGAGGCAUGGCCCGGGGGGCGCGCAGGGUGGCGGCGCCGGUGCUGGAGGCGCCCCCGGAGCAUGAGCAGAUCUCUCACACAAAGUUUUCUGCAGCUGAAGAGUGGAACCCGCAGCAGGAGCAGAUGGACACGACGCACCGCGGCCACGAGUCCAUGCACGUGGAGAUGAUCCUGAUCUUCCUCUGCGCCCUGGUCCUCGCGCAGGUGGUGCUGGUGCAGUGGAGACAAAGGCACUGCAGGUCCUACAACCUGGUGACGCUGCUGCAGAUGUGGGUUGUGCCUUUGUAUUUCACCAUCAAACUCUACUGGUGGCGGUUCCUGUCCAUGUGGGGAAUGUUCUCCGUUAUCACCAGCUACAUCCUCUUCAGAGCGACACGCAAGCCCCUCUCAGGGAGAACUCCGCGACUGGUCUACAAAUGGUUUCUCCUAAUCUACAAACUCAGCUAUGCCUUUGGCGUGAUGGGUUACUUGGCCAUCAUGUUUACAAUGUGUGGAUUCAAUUUAGUUUUUAAAAUCCGGGCUCGAGAUUCCAUGGACUUCGGCAUUGUGUCGUUGUUCUAUGGCCUGUACUACGGAGUCAUGGGGAGAGACUUUGCCGAGAUCUGCUCGGAUUACAUGGCUUCCACCAUAGGAUUCUACAGUGUCAGUGGGAUUCCCACCAGGAGCCUGUCAGACAAUAUCUGUGCCGUCUGCGGGCAGGAGAUCAUCGUGGAGCUGGAGGAAGAGGGGCUCAUUGAGAAUACCUACCAGCUCUCCUGCAACCACGUCUUUCAUGAAUUCUGCAUCCGAGGAUGGUGUAUUGUGGGUAAAAAGCAGACUUGUCCUUACUGCAAAGAGAAGGUUGAUUUGAAGAGGAUGAUCAGUAACCCCUGGGAGCACACACAUAUUUUAUAUGGACAAAUCCUGGAUUGGCUUCGUUAUUUGGUGGCCUGGCAACCGGUGGUGAUCGGGGUAGUUCAAGGCAUUAACUAUUCACUGGGGCUGGAAUAGAGCCCCCAGAAGCAAUACAUUGCAUGUUGCAAUUUUUAGAAAAUCCUUGUCCCUGGAUUUAAUAUUGAUGUUCUUUUCAAAAGCUGAGACAUGAUCCCAAGAGUGUGGAGAGCCAAAUAAAAUUUGGUGUUCCACAGAAGGUAAUUUGUCCAUGUGGAAAGAAUUUAAAGAGUAGCCGAACAAUGGAAUAAACAAUAAAGGAUUCUUGGCAUUCCCCCACCCACACUACAGUCGUUUUCCAAUCCAUGCAUAGGA